AUGUUUGUUAUUCCAUCCGGAUUUACGCAACUUGAGAGAUUGGGUGAUGGUUCUUUUGGAAGAGUUGAAUUACUUCAGCGUGAAGACGACGGUGUCUUAUUUGCAGUAAAAGUUUUUGAAACACCAGCAGCAAUAACAACUGCCGAGAAAGAAAUCGACUUAAUGAACUUAGUUAGCUCACCAUUCAUUGUUAAACUCUACGAUGUUUACAGAACACCAGAAUCAGUCGGAAUAUUAAUGGAUCCGUGCUUAGGCGGAUCUCUUAGACUCAAAAUUGCAUCAAAGUCACCUUCAAAUCCAUUCACAUUUAAUGAAAUUAUCGAAAUUACGACGCAAUUACUUCUCGCACUCAAAGAAAUUCAUAAAAACGGAUAUGCUCAUCGCGAUUUAUCACCAUCCAACAUAUUAUUCUGCAAGGAGAAGUCAAAUAGAAUACAGCUCAUUGAUUUUGGUGUUUCUGAGUACGUCGGAAAAGGAGAAGCACGCGGAACAGCAGGAACUCCAAAUUACAUGAGCCUUGAAAUGAAGAAAGGUCUUCCUCACAACCAGAUGACUGAUAUGUACUCUCUUGGCUUAAUUAUUUUUGAAAUGUGUGAAUUAAGACUUCCAAGGCCAGGCGAGACAACAUCUGAGAGCCAACCAUCUCUUGGUGCAUUAAUCGAGAAUUUACUCUCAGAAGAUCCAAGCAGUCGUCCAAAUGUUGAAGAUUGUCUUUCAUUUCCUGACGUUGUUGAUAUUCUUGAUAGAUUUAACGGAGCUAAGAGAAUACAACUUACAGCAUACGAUUGGCGUCCAUCUUCUGACCACGACGAUGAUGAUUCUCCAGAAAAUAAUAAUGAUCAAGAUUUUAACUUGGAUUUCGAAGAUUUACCUCCAAUUGAGAGUUCAGCACCAGUUACGCCAGGUCGUCUCCUCGAUAACGGCGUUAGAAAGCAUUGGAGAGAUCCAGAUUUCGAAAAGAUUCAAGAUGCAGAACGUGUUGCAAUCGAAGAGAAAGAACGCGUUGAACACAUCCUUCAGGAACGAAAGGAAGCCAAAAUUGCAUAUCAGCAGAAGCAGCGCGCCAAUUCUAAACUCUCUAAAAUGAAAUGGAACGAACAAAAAGGAGAUCUCGCGAAACACGGUGCUGAAUACAACAAAAGACUUGAACAGGUAAAGAAACAACCAAGACAGAGUCGAUUGUUGCUUAAUUCUGCCCAAGCUCAAGCAGUCAGAUCAUCACAUGAUGAAUUCAAACCUUCAGCAGAUGAGAUUGAGAAAGUUACUUACGGAUUAGAGAAGAUUCUUGGAUAUGACAAGACUGUUCAAUGUAUCAAAGCAUUGGAUGAUAACCCUCUUUUGUCUCCUGGAGAGUUAGGAGUCACUCCAAGAAUCUUUGAUAUUUUAUCUAAGUUAAUGCGCCUGAAAAAGGAACUAUUUUGUCUAUAA